CCUUCACUGCAAGUUUGUGUUAUAAAUCUUUAUUGAGGUUACAUAACAAGGUAUAUAAAGUUAUGGUACAUUUGGAGGAUUUUUUCACAUACAUGUCAUUGAAGGUUAAAUUUACUACCUUCUCGUGUUAGGAAUUUACUGCAGUUUUAUUGCAACUAUAUUGCUCUUGAAUGUGACAUGAUUGAGGAAAAAAAGUACGUAAUCUGACAACAAUUCUUUUAUUUGUUGUACAAGUGCAUUUGCUGAAUUAUCAUAAAGCUAUAAUAGGAUUUAUUGUUUAUGAAGGGUCUGUAAAAUCAUCAAGUUAAUGCAAAAGUACUUUGGAAAGCAUUAACCUCCUUAAAGUCCACUGCAGUAAAAUUCAGGCAUUGAAAUCUGUUUCAUUCUCAUCAUAAAGUGGAUUUAUAAAGUGCACACCUGUCUGAGUCAUGGAGAUAGAAUGCUUUGUUUCAGCCGUAUACACGCCAGGAAUAUCAGGCAGCAUGUUGGGCCUGUCAAAAAUGGGAUUGUCAAAGCCGUGGUCAAUAGGCCCGCCAACGUCUCCAACAUCGGCGCUCUUCUUCAAGCUGCUCAGAGACGGCAGUGACGGCAGUGACAAUGGCAUUUGAACAACCCCUUUACGAACCAGCACCACCACGAUGAUGAUUGUAAUCAUAAUCAAAACUCCAAACACAACUCCAACCACCAUCCCAGCACUUCCUCCAGUCUGAUCACUGCUGCUCCCAGAGGAGGCUUGAAAUUCAGCCUCAGUGAUUCCCAGGUUUGAGCCAUGAGAAUGGGCAUCUUUCAGUAUGUCCCGGGCCAGACCCUCGGACUGCGAUCCCUUCUCUCCAUCCACAACAACCACCUGGAUCUCUGGCGAAGCACCAAAAGGGAUGACCCCCAUCAACCGCUGUGACUUUAAGACUUUAGACAUACCCAGCUGAAUGGAUUUGUAUUUUGGCAAGAUAAGAAAUAGGUGGUGGAUUCGAUCCCUGUAAGUUUGCAGGUUGAAACCAGCGGCAUAGUGAAUGGUGACGAUGGCGCCACAAACAUUACAGCAGUGUCCUACAGGGAGGAGAGGCUUCUUACAGCUCAGAGUGCCACAUGUUACAGUGUUACAUAUCCGCUGAUGGUUAACAGAAUUCCCACAGUCGCAGCCAGAAGGAUCCCCACACUCUUGGUUUCCAACAGUGACGCCAGUGGAUCCUUGAAACUGCAGCUGGCCUGAACGUGAGCCGAGAUACUGGGAGAACUCAGAUCUGCUGUCAAACUUCUUCCCCAGCACAGACACCGAUUUGACAGGAAUGCUAGACUGACUGGAGCUGGUGUCCACCCUGAAAGAGGAGCGGGCUUUAAAAACCACAUCAUCAUACUGGCAAGGGACACUCUCCUCGUGGACUGAGAACAAGAAGUUUCCACGCUGCAGGUCUUCCAGAGUUGCAGCUGCCUGCCACAGAGCUGGGUUGAACCACUGAAGAGACUCUGAAUCCCUGAACUGGGUCGUGACACCAGCUCCGCAGCCUGGAUCUUUUCCGCUCACAACAUAAAAUCCAGCUCCUGAAUUUAGGAUGAGCUCUCCAUCGUCUGGCAGCCUCAUCUCCUGCACAGCAUGCGUGGUCUCCACGAACACAGACACUUUUCUCUGGGCUGGAAACUGAACUAUGUCGUUGCCACAUGGAACAGCCCCUUUGUCCCAGUUGGUCUUAUUCUCAUAGUUGGUGUCAGGAAUCCACUGUUUUUGCAGGGCAUCCACUGCCCCGACAAGACAGAAGAAGAGAAGGAGCAUGUCCGGUGUUUUCAGCAUCCUGAACAUUUGUGAUGGACUGAGAGAACAUAAGGUGACCUUUGUUUCCAACCUUGUGACUAACACAUGAGUGCACACAGCUUUCCAGUAAAGUUGAUGAGCUCCGAACCACAUCGACCUGGACAAGCAGGUGACCUGUAAACGAUUUACAAAUCUGCAACAACAGAUUUUUUUUUUUUUUAGUUUGUCUAUUAUCAGAAUAUCCUGAACACUUAUGAAUACAUUUCUAUGCAUUUUCUAGAGUCCAGUGGUCCUCAUCAGGCAUCGACACCAAUUCUUCUUUUGCAGGGACAAGAUUUGCUGAAGGGAUAACUUCUGGACAGUCCUCGUAGCUCCUUUUGCCCCUCAGUUACUGGAGUCCGCCUGGAAACUUUGCUGAUAAACUAAUGACAAAAAUAAAAAAAAAAGUAUUAUAAAAACGUCAGAGGAUGCUGUGGAGGCACGGCCAUCCAACAUCGAGAUGGCAGCACAGAUGGACAACAUCCAACAUCUGCCCAGUCCCUCACAGACUUUCAAUGUGGAGGCUGGAGAGAGCAUUCGCCACGUGGAGGCAGUGGUGGAGAGGGCCCACCAUGGUGGUGGAUGGCUCCUGUCUGGCAUCGUCUGCGUCAACAUCCUGAUCCUGGGCUGCGCUCUGGUCAGCGGCAGUGCCUUCAACAGCGUGGCCAUCACUGCUGUGCACAGGCAAAUCUUCCUCAUCAUUCUCCUCUUCCUCACGAUGUUGUGGAUGCUGUCUUACACAGCCGUCACCUCUCGGAAGGAUCAAGCUGUAUUGUUCAAAGAUAGCCACGCGGGGCCUGUGUGGCUCCGAGGUGGGCUUCUGCUGUUUGGGCUUCUCAGUCUCAUCAUGGACAUCUUCAAGAUCGCCACCUAUGUGGGCUACCUUCACUGUGACUCUGCUGUUAAGGUUGCCUUCCCUGUUGUGCAAGCUGUAUUUCUGUUUGUCCAGACCUACUUCCUUUGGUUUCAUGCAAAGGAUUGUGUGCAACUACACCCAAAUUUCACACGGUGUGGGCUUGCUCUUACGCUUUCAACUAACCUGGUGGUGUGGAUGGCAGCUGUGACUGAGGAAUCGGUUCACCAAACUGAGAUUCCAGACCUAAAUGUCAGUGUCUCACACAAGAUGUACAGAGCCAGCUAUGGUGACAGAAAGUGUGAAUGCAGUCACUUGGCGUGCGACACCUUCAAAGACGCCUUCUACUACCUGUACCCCUUCAACAUAGAAUACAGCCUCUUUGCUUCGGCCGUGGCCUACGUCAUGUGGAAAAAUGUUGGUCGCCUUGUGGAGGAUCGCAGCCACCACAGCAUAAAGUUCCGUCCAAAAGAUGUGUGUUCGGGACCUGUUAUGGGAAUACUGCUGGUGGUGGCAGGACUUGUCACAUUCAUAGUGUACAAGGUGGACCUACUGACAGAGGACGAGAAGAACAGAAACAAGGCCUUGCUGAUUCAUUUCAUCAUGAAUAUAGUGAUAGUGAGCCUGAUGUCCGUCUCCACUGUGAUCGGCUGCGUCGUCUACAGGCUGGACCACAGGGAGCACGUAUCGGAGAAAAACCCCACUCGCAGCCUGGAUGUGAGGCUUCUGUUGGGAGCCUCGAUGGGGCAGUUCAUCAUCAGCUACUUCGCCAUCGUGGCUGCGGUGGCGACAGGAGCCGGAGGGUACCUGAACGCCCUCAACCUGUCCUGGGCGGUGCUGACGGUGCUCCAGCUCGGUCUGCAGAACUACUUCAUCAUCGAAGGCCUCCAUAGGGAGCCUUUCCACGUGAUGCAGGAAGCCGCUCUGCACACAAAUGCUCACGCCUUCCAGGAACAUCCAGAGACAAAUGUUGUUCUGGGGAGUCGUCAGUCCAAAUACUUUGUGACCUCAAGUCCUGAUAAGCCAAGUUGGAAGAGAAGAGUAUUGAAGGAAGUCUGUGCCUUUCUGCUGCUUGCGAACAUCAUUCUGUGGAUCAUGCCCGCCUUCGGCGCUCGUCCCCAGUUUGAUCAUCCCAUUGAGAUAAAAUUCUACAAAUUCACAAUGUGGGCGGCCAUCGUGAAUAUUGGACUUCCUUUUGGAAUCUUCUACCGCAUGCACUCUGUCGCCAGUCUCUUUGAGGUGUACUUGAUCUCUUAGAUGAACCUAUUUUUAAUUUAGAGUAAUUUUAUGAUAUAUCUUAUUUAUUAAAUGUUUAAAUUGAACUUGUAUUAAUAAAUGUUAACUUAAAAGAAUGUGUUACUUGUCAUUAGUUGGCUAACAUUUAAAUUCCCAUAUUUUUGAAUCAAAUUUACU